AUGGAACACUCCUCUCCUCUGGCGGCGAUGCAGCCGCCCUCAGUCAUGUUUGGUCAUUGCUUCCGUUCAGAGGCUCCAACUGCGUAUCCUCUGGGUUCUAUGUCUGGGUUUGGUGGGAACCCGUUCAACUUCAAGGACCUGUCCAUGAAGAGGUCAAGUUCGGACUACUUCAACAUGAAACCAGUCCGGGGAUCUUCCCCCACGGCGAGUUUGGCAGCUGACCUGUCGCAAAACUUUCAUAUUGAUCAGAGUCCCCAAUUAGCCACACCACGCCGGUCUUUGUUCACGGCCAACAUGCUCAGCCAGGCCAACCGACAGGAUGAUGUUAUGACCACUCCUCCCCUCGACUCGUCACCCGCCCCGGCUAUGGACGUUAUGGAAAUGUCCCCUCUCCCCCAUAAACCAGCUUUCAUUGUUACCGCAGAGCUGGAAGUACACUCUCCUACCCCGGACUGCACUCCUAUGGAUUCACCUGUUAUGUCUGCGGCUCCUAGUCCUCUCCAGGCGUCUCCAAUUGAGUCUCCGCUAUGCCAACCAGAGCGGAAGCGUCCCGCUUUCCUCCGUCCUAGUCUUGCCAAAAGCAAGGCUCAGUCUUUUCAACUUGGAAUGACCCGGCCAGCACCUGAGAGCAAGGCUCCUCCCUUCCGGUUUGGCACUGGAGCCAAGACCUCGCUCAGUACAUCGACGUCGUUGGAGGAUAUGUUCGGAGACUCCCCUCCCCAUGAGCGCCCUCUCUCGCGGAACAACUCGUCGACGAGCCUGGCACCCCCUCGCCUGCGUCCACCAUUCAACCAUGCCCGUAGCAGCGGCUCACCAGCUCCCAAUUCUAUUCGCAAGCAGUCUCACCCCUUGAUGCGCCCCCGCAAGCAGUGUCGGAGGUCAUUGAGUAUGUUUGAGCAUCCAGCUGAUGUGAUUGCCGAUAAAGAGGCCAAGGUAGCAACAAAUACACCCCUGCAGUCAGUCAGCGACAUCUCGAGUCCGCCCAGCAUGAAGCUGCCUCACUUCAUCCCCGAGGAUCGUGCGGACUCAUUGCCUCGUAUCGAAAAGAGCACUCUCCUGGAGCUCAUGGAUGGAAAGUUCAAUGAACACUUCGAUAAUAUCCUGGUUAUCGACUGCCGCUUCGAAUAUGAAUAUGAUGGUGGCCAUAUCAAUGGUGCCCUGAACUACAACGACAAGGAUAAGCUCGCCGGUGAGCUCUUCGGUGCUCCGAAAUCUCGCACCGCACUGGUCUUGCACUGCGAGUACUCUGCCCACCGAGCCCCUAUUAUGGCCAAGUAUCUUCGUCACCAGGAUCGUGCCAUUAAUGUCGACACGUACCCCAACUUAACGUACCCUGAUAUGUACAUUCUGGAUGGUGGUUACAGCUCAUUCUUCGCCGAGCACCGCUCGUUCUGCUUCCCGCAGAACUAUGUGGAAAUGAGUGAUAAAGAGCAUGAGUUCGCUUGUGAGCGUGGCCUUGGUAAGGUCAAGCAGCGCUCCAAGCUGAACCGUGCCCAGACUUUCGCCUUUGGUGAACAGUCCCCCCAAAUGGAGGAUAGCCCUACGGGACGUUGUCGCUUUGACAACCAGCGAGAUCGCUUCCUUGGCUCCCCAUUCUCCGCAAGCCCUGUGCCCCAACGGACACCUGGCCGUCGGAUGCUUUCAUACUAA